AUGAUCGCCGCUCUUCUUCUUGUCAUCGUUGCCGUCUCAGAUAUUGUAAACGCCGCCCCACAACCGCCCACUUCAUGCGCCCUCGACGAGCGCGCUCAGAUUCCAUGCGUUUGCUGCAAGAAGGACUGUUGGUAUUCCAUCGCAGCGGCUGCCACCCACGAGCUCGGACACAUGCCAGGAGAAGCCGGAGAGCGUGAAGCGAUGGCCACCUUGAGACUGAUCCGUGCCUGCAUGAUCGCCGAGUGCGCCGGAGUCUGCUCAGCAUCGCCAUUCUAA